CAACCAAAAAUAACAAACGACCUUAGUAGUGUUGAGAAGAAGUUCCGAGAAAAAUUUCGAGAAAAGUUCUGAUUCCGAAAGUUGGUAAGUUUUCCGAUUUUAGUUUAGUUUUAAGUAAUUGUCGAUUAGUUUCUAAUUAAGUAGGUUACAAUGUGUUAGAUAACUGCUUAAGAUGAGUGAGAUACCUAUGGAACCAAGGAGUAGUAGAAUGAGUCUUUUCCCGAGAAUGCGUGGAUCUCCGAUUGUGAUACGCGGACGCGGUCGAGGUCGUGGUCUUGGAUCCAGAGGUGGGAGGAUCUCUAGUCCACCAUUGGACAGGUUCGAGUACUGGCCUAUUAUGGAUGCAAGUUUCUCGGAGUUAUCGCAGUGGAAUGCUGAGGCAGGACCUAGUGUUCCGGCGCUUGAUCGUGAGGUUUCUUUGAUUGCACCGUGGAGGGUGAUAGAUCAGAGCACUCUCGAGAGCAAGACCGGACCGCGCGAGAAUGGUGGUAUGAUAUCUUCAUUUACGAACAAUUCUGAUCAUGAAAUAGAGAUCGUGGAGGCACCUAUUCCAACCAUUGACCUGGAUGAGUACGAAAUGGUUGAAUCUGAGCGUGAGACGGAUGAGACUAUGUGGGAGGAUUAUCUUAUCCUUCCGGAUAGUCCUGAUUCGACCCUUCCCGGAUUUGGAACCAUUAUUUCUCCGGUAGUGGUGCCAGAUGAUGGUGAGGAUCAGAUUGUUCCAAGUGAGCCGGUGGUAUCGCCCGUGGUGCCAUCGUUCAAUUAUCCUUCCCUCCCGGACUAUCCACUUGCAGCGUUUUUACGGGAGAAUGAUACUAUCAGACGGGGAGACACCCCGAGGACUGAUACAGAGGCACAAGUGAUUCCGACACCUACACAGUGGGAGCCAUAUUGCUACACGUGUGGUGAGAUGGGUCACUACCCGAGGUGGUGUCGUUUCUACCACCCAUACGGGGAUCCGGUGAUCUGAUGCUCACUAUGUAACGAGAUUGGGCACUACGCUAGUUCGUGU